UUUUUGAACCAGGUUACAAUCAAUUGUUAUAAUGUUUACUUAUUCAAAGACUGUUAAAAUUUAAAAUAUAUUUAAAGUAAGUAAUCUGUGACAAAAAUGAAACAGAUUUGUGUUAAAAACGGCCAGAGUUAUUACAUCCACAGUGAUCUGAGUGAUAAGAAAUUUUCAAUUGAUAUCACCGAUCUCAAAUCGAUUUGGAGGAAAAUUUUGAGUGAAGAUAGCCUCUUGAGUGAAUUCAAGGCGGUGAACCCACUGGUGCAGUCCAGCGAUGAGAAAAUCCUUGAGAGCGUAUCAUCCAUGCUGUCAGACAGCAAUUCUUGUGAUUUGAAAGAGGAAGGCAGUUCGUUGGUGCUUGACGUGAGCAAGAAAAUAGGACCAGUCAAAGUCAAGCUGAAAUUUCUACUCGAUAAGGGAACAAUGCAGGAUUUUUUCAGUGGAGUUAUGCUACCGAUGGUUGUACUUGUAAAUCAAUUGUCAGAACAGCAAAAGGUUUUAUGCUCAAUGCUCAAAAGCAAGGACUUGGAGUUGAAAGAAUACAAAAUGGAAGGUGCUGAUAUUUCAAGGCGUAAUGUUGAAACUGAUAACUUUAACGAAUCCGCUUUCCAGACUGAUUCUAUAGAGAGUUUUAAGAAAAAAAACUCUGAUAGUAUUGUCGAAACCAAGUUGGAGUUUAACGAUAAUAUUAAUAAACUUUUUACAGAGACAUACAGGAUGAUACAAAAACACAAAGACACCAAAAUAAAAGAGGAACCGGUUUUUGAAGAAGAAUCAACGGCACAUGAAACCGGACAGUCUAUAUUAGAUAAUUUGGUCACCAAUUAUGAUGAAGUAUGGAAGGAUGAAAAGAAAAGGUUGGUUCCCAUCGAGAAGAAUUGUGUUGCAAACAGGAUUAAAAAACCAAGGAAAAACUAUUUUUUAUAAAUUUGUAUUGUGUCAAGUAACCUACAAUAUGGUUUUUUUUAUUAUAUAUAUAUAUAUAUUUUUUUUUUUUUUGCAUCAGCAGUCAAAGUUUUACUCACGCUGGUCGUUUACGGCACCAUCCCUUUCAAUAAUUUCCCUAUUUCUUUUUUAAAAAUUAAUUUUUUAGUAUUAUUGUUGUGAUUUUAUAUUCUUAAGAUAAUUAAUACGUAAGGUAUUAUCGUUUUAAAAAUUGUAUUUUUCUAAAUUGUUAAAAUUUUUGCU